CGUUCUGUCAUGGAGAGCACAACGCGACGUGUCGUAAGUGUGCUCAAGUGUCGUCGUCGUCGUGGUCGUUGCCGUAGUGGUCGCGUGUGUAGUAUUUCGGGCCAUAUCGCGGGAUUAUCACAGUGACAGUCGACAGAGUUAGGCGUGUGCAAGGAUCGUGGUGCUCGUGGUGCUACUAUCGGUAUAUCGUGAACUGUGGCAAUCGAAUAAUUACAUCGUAGCCACGUCUCUACGUAUCAAAGGCGAGUUUUCAGGGGCAAAAGAGAAGUGGUCUUUCGUGGAUCAAGCAACCGCACACACAGGUGUGGUUAACGUUCGAUUCGUCGAACAAUCGACAGAUCGGCCAACGGUGCUGUGACAUGUUAACUACGGUGCAUGCCAUUGUGUCUAAUAAUAGAUUCGUGUGAUUCGGAGUGCCGCGUAUAAUCCACGUGCUCGCACGAGAACAGCGUACGGUAUUGGAGGAAAACAUUGUCAACAAGUCCAUUGGACCGUGAGGGUGAACGAGGACGGGGGCUAGUCACCUGCUAUAUCGCAUCCGGACAAACGUUUCGUCGAAUCGAGUCAAUAUCGAGGACGGUACGCGAGCGUGUUGCCGCGUGACAUAAACGCAUUGUAAACACACAAGCACGAGACGCACUCGUUUGUACAUAUUACGAAAUUCGAACGGAGUCGAGCACGUACAUUCUUCGUGGAGCGUAUGUAAACAACGAGCAGAGAAGCGUAUCGGAGUUUCUUCCGGUUACGGGCGACCAUCACGAGCGUAAUACUAUUCAUACAUUGGCGCGGAUUCGCACACUUUGCCGUUGGAAUAGCAAGCGACGCUUCGAUACACGGUCGAUCUUGGAUCGUGUCACGAACUCGGUUGCACCGUGCAAGCGAAAUCGACUGCGACUGCAGCAAACCGGGAACAUAUCGUUGCCGGCCGAUUGCUCGAUAAGUGGUGAUCCUCGUGCGAAACGAGAAUACGAAAUCCUGUUAACUCGAUCCGUUAACGUAACGGACACACGGAGAGUGGCCGCGGGGACUGACUCGUCUCGCUGGUGGCGCGUCUGCGUAAACGAAAUCGCGCGUAAAUAAAACUGUUCCGUGGCGACGAGGAACUGUGUCGAAGUUGGUGCGUAGUAUACCGGUCGCACGGAAUCGGUGCGUUCUCGCUGUGGAACGGCGGCGGUAAACGGUGACGAAGAAAAAAAGGGGGCGAGAGACGAACGAUGCUGCUGUCCGGUCGUCGCGGUUAAUUCGCACGUGUCGCGAUGUCGGGCGGCACGGCGGGCGUCCGUGGCACCGGCGCCGAGUGCAGGAAGUUCGCGCCGAACAUAUUCAACAAGAGCAAGUGCAGCAACUGCUUCAAGCAGAAGGAGGAGCACAGCGCGGAGGCUCUGGAAUGCAACAGGGCAACGAGGAAUAUGUCAAAAUGCGGAUACCUGUUCGUCGCCCCGGGCUGGGACUUCUCGAAUCCGCUGAACCGGACGAAGAGAUGGCAGAGAAGAUGGUUCGUCCUGUACGACGACGGGGAGCUGACAUACUCGGUGGACGAGCACCCGGAGACGGUUCCCCAAGCGAUGAUCGACAUGACCCGCGUGCUGGAGGUUGCCGCCGCCGAGGACGUCACUGGACAUCCCUACAGCCUCGCCAUCACCUCGCCGGAAGGAGUUACCUUCGUGAAAGGCACGUGCCGCGAGGAAACCAGAUGGUGGGCUGACGUGCUCGAGGUCUACUCGUGGAACAAGGGCCGGCACAAGAGGAACGCGACGUUCCCCGGUGGACAGACCAGCAUCCUCCAGGUCACUCCGGCGAUCAGAAGCAACACGCCGAACCCUCCUCGACCUCGAUUCAACAGCUGUCGCUCGGAGCCCCGCAGCAACACGUGGGUCCAGGAGAGCAGCGUGUCCACGGACCUGUGUCCAUCGGUGUUCUCCUCGGCACCGACCCUGGGGACCAACAGCACCUCGACGACGACAAGCAACGCGAGCAUGAGCAACGGGAACGCGGAAACCGUGAACGAGCAUCGGACCAGCAACGUGUCGCCUCUGAGGACCAGCACCCCGCUGGAGAACGGUGGCUCCGCCUACCUGUCCUCGGUCCCAUCCACCUCCGCGAUGAACGGCACCGUGUCCAGCACCGUGUUCUCCACCACGUCCACGUCCACCACCGCGUCCAGCGGCGCGUCCUUGUCGGAGAAGCCACCGAUCGUGCCCAGCGAGGGUAGGUCGAGCUACAGGGAUCAGCCGGCGAGCAGCGCGUCUCCACCGACCAGGGACAAGCUGAGAGCCGAGGACAAGGCCAGACGCAGGAUGAAUCAGCACGGAGAACGAGCGGGGACCGCCUGCUCCGGAGAGAAACUAGACGAUGACGCCUGUCGGAGAAUCCUGCUGGCAAGAGAGGGCAAGCUGCGAGACAUCGCUGCCUCCUUGACCCAGCCACGCGUCAGGAGGAUCAAGCCUAGAACCUCCGAGCCCACUCGGGACGUCGUGGAUGCGGCGAAUGCGGCUUACCAGGACAAAUUCAUCAGAGGUGAUCCAGACGGAUGCGGCCUUGACAUCUCCGGCAUUAGAUACUCCCCUACCUCCGAACUGAGGGUCGACCUGCCCGCCGAGGAUCUGUUGAACAUCAAGAAAGGCUGGCUAAUGAAACAGGGAUUGAACAAGGAAUGGAACAAGCAUUGGUUCGUGCUGCGCGGCUGCGGUCUCAUGUACUACCGAGAUCCCUGCGCGGAAGAUAAGGGUAUCAUGGACGGCGUCAUAGAUCUGAAUACCGUUACUGCCGUCACGCCCCUUUUAGUCGCAAGAAAUUAUGGAUUCCAGACUGUGGCCUGGGACGAUCGAGGAACUACCGUCUUGUCCGCGGUCACCGCUGGUAUACGGGCCAGUUGGAUGUCGGCCAUUCGGAGGGCUGCCAAUUUACCAGACCCGGACAGUAGCAGUGAUUCUCUCACCGUUUGUCAGGAUGGCCAGCCAGAUACCACUCCGCAAUCACCCACUGCAUCCAUCACGGACCGCGAAAGAGACUCGGUGGUUCCCUCGACCUCUGUCACGCCACGCUCAGUGCUGUUCUCCUCGGACGAGGAAUAUCGAACAGCGUCAGAGGGUGGCAGGAGAGAGUCAGGCGACUGGUCCGAAGUGCCCGUGUCACCACCUCUGGUGAGAAACGGCGACUGGCCCAGCGGAUUGAAGGGUUCCAGCUGGUCAGACUCGGCGAACCACGAAUGGUCGGAAUUACCACCGUCGCCGCCGUUAACCAGAACGGCGCUGUCGCGAGUGAAAGCUCGGUCCAGAUCAAGCUCCAGGUCUAGAGUGUACAAAAGAAGCUGCAGCUCGCCUUUGAGUUCAAGGAGGAGCACUUUGGACAGCGUGAGGUCAGAGGAUCUAAUGAUGGCUUGCUGCGAACUCGGAGAAGACGAGGAGCAGCACAACGGGCACAUGCAGAGCAACAGUUGUCUCUCGAGCGCCAACGAGAGCCCGCUAAUCGUGGAAUUGCUGGAGAGCCAGGUAUCCCUGCUGCGUGAUCAGCUGGAUCAGAAUCAGUCCCACCCAAGCACGCUACUAGUCAUUAUCGAGCGUCAGGAGAGCGAAAUCGAGAGCUUGAAGUCGCAGCUGAACACGGCGAAAGCGGACGUUGCCAGCGCCGAGAAAGAGCUGUCUAGGUUGAGGCAGCAGAAGGCGGAAGCUUCCAUCAGAGAGAAGCAGGUGGACGAGCUGUUGAACACGAUUCAGAGAACGGAGCAGCAGAGGAACAAGGAUUUGGAGGACCUGGAGAAGAUGAAGAAGAUGUACAACAGGGACAAAGAGAUGUUGGAGUGUAAGUUACUGGAGACGGAGGCUAUUCUCAGGGAGACCAGUGAGCGGUGUGAGAUGCUUACCAAAGAGUUGGCAUCGAGUCAUAGAACUGUUGAACAUCUGCAAUCGGAGAUAGCUUCUUUGAGUAACAGACUGUCUCAAGGGAUAGACGAAAACGAGCGUUUAUAUAGCAAAGUCAGAGAGUUGGAAGACAAAGGAGGAUUGUCCGCUGCGAGGGAGCGUGGGCGGAGUUUCGAUUCUCUCAGCGAUUUGACGAAUAUCGAAUUAGAUCUGGACCUGAAUUCGCUCGACAAGGAAAGAAUCGUGGAAGAGUACGACGAACUCCGAAGCCGCUUCGAGAAAGCUAUCCUGGAGAUACGCGCGAUGCGCAAGGAACUUCGCGAAGCGCAUGCGAUACAGGACGCACUGGAACUAGAAAUCUUCGCUCAUAAGCAGGAUGCAGCUAGUGUCAGCGAGACGAACCAGGCCCAGAUACAGUUAAUGGCAGCCAGGAUCCAAGACUUGACGAACAAGCUUGCGGCCAGCGAAAAACAAGUAAGGACGCUGAAACAGAAGCUAACAAAAGUCGAAACCAGGGAUAAGAGGAGAUCGCUAUCAUUGAAGGGCCGUGAGUCUUUUCAAAUCUCCCAAGAGAUGGAGGACAAGCUGCUGGAUCUGGAGAACAAGAUCUGUGCUAUAGAACGCGGGAAGAGCAUCAGCACCCCCGUGUCGACUGGAAGCAGCUCGAAGGAGUCGAGUCCGAAUCCAAAGAAGGAGAAGAGGAGGGAUGGCAAGAGUCUGGAUCGUUCUAGAUUAAGAAGAAAAUCGCUGGACAGUGCAACCAGCUCCGAACCGAUGAAGGUAUUGAUCAGACUGAGUACGUUGGAGACGAAAGUGGCGAACGUGGCGGAAAAUAUGGCGAGCGACGCCGAGAAGGACUCCAGCGAGUGUAGCGAGAUCAGUGCGUCUUCUACCAGCGAAGUUUCGUUAGAGAUCAUCGCGAGGUUAAGGAAAUUAGAGAGGGUGGUGUCAAAGUCGAAGAGAAGGCUGGAGAAAUGUUUAGGUUCGACGCAAGCGGAGGAUAAAGCGGAGAAGUGUUUACGCGAGGUAAACGACAUCCUGGACUCGUGCUUAGAAUGUAAGAAAACCCAAGCUAGCGCUCAAGUGACCGAGUCAGUAGGCGUAGUGGUAUCUAGACUAGAGACUAUACUUAAAGAUAAAUUGAGCGAACUCACGAAGAGACGGCAGACGCUGGAGCAGAACGGCCAGCUGGACGAUCGGGAGAAGAUGAAGCUGAUCGCGGAGAGGGUGGCGUUCGAGUUUGUCGUUCUGAGACAGGUCAAGUGCGCGGUCGGCCGGUCAUUCGACCGGAGUGCCGUUCUCAGUGAAUUGGUCGAAACUAGUCAGCUUGCCUCAAGCUUAAUGCGUAAGAUUCACGGAACUAAGCCCAAAACGUACCAAAACACCAGUUACAUUCAGUAUCUUACUAGAGUGUUAGCUAAUAAGUUAGUACUAGUAGGUGGCGUGGCCGCGACGGAAACCACGACUAAAGAGGUGUCCGCAGCUCGUAGCGAGAGCUUAAAUUUUUUGCUACAGAAACAACGCGAGAUGAACGAAGUCGUUCGUAGAUACAAAGAGACGAAAUUGAGGCAGCUCGCGGAAGCUCUGGCCGCGGAGACGCUGAGCAUGUCCGAGCAGGAAGAUUCGAACAAACAGCAAGUGAUGAAUUCGAGCAGAAAGUUACUGGAAGAUCGACGAAUUAGAGAGGCAUGGGCAUUGGCUCAGGAAACGGUGAGCAAAGAGUUGGUACAGGCGGAAGUGUCUCACGUGAUCAUGCGAUGUGGUCAGACGUACGAGCAGAACAUCACGAGCAUCACCGAUGCCUGCCUCAAUUUCGACAACACGGAGAGCAUAACGUUGGAAUCUUGGAUCGAUGCGGCGCAGGCUAGGCUGCGCCAGGAGAUGGAACUAUCCACUCACGAACUGUCCGACGUGUAUGAGGAAUGUCUUCGUCAGUUGAAGAAGAACAAGUCGACGAUGGUCGAAUCGAAAUACGAGUCCCGACAGCUGUUAACGGACUACGCGGACGUGAUCGCGCACAAAGCUUUAAUAGACGCCAGAAUCGGGCUUCUUCAGGAGAACACGAGACAGUUGACGACCUUCCCUGGAGAGACUUUCGUAUCUAGUCUAAUCCGAAACGACGACGUUCUUUCGAGUCUGCUAACAGCAGACGAUCACGAGUUCCAAAGCAAUCCGAUUCUCGACGCGGAGUACAGUUACCUUUAUCAGCAGUUUAGCAAGGACUGCGAGGACAGGAUAUCAGGCUCGAAGCGUACCUCGAAGGAGCAGAUGAAGAACGUCGGCCAGAGUUUGCUCUACCUAGAGGAGGACUUGGUGGAGCUGGGCAAACGCGUUCGAGAGAGAUUAUGCGAGAAUAGCGAGAACACGGCGUGGCCGUCGAAGUCAUCGUCAGUCAUCGCGGACUGGUCUAGCGUGUGUGAAAAAUGCUCGCAGCUGCGCGAGCAGAUCAAGAAGCUGAGCGACCACAUGAAUAGCGUGACUUGCAAACAGUGCGACCAAUUGCAGGAAACCAUUCAGAGGAUAACGGUGGAGCACAAUAAAGAAUUGGAAACGUUGAAGCGCAACCAGGAGAGGGACUUGAUGGACAUCAAGGGUGAACUAGACAGUCAGCGGCAAUCUUUAACCUCUCAGUACGAACUGGAAGCGGCCAGUUUACGAGAAAAGGCUAGAAAAUUGGAACACAGACUGAACGCCAUGGAUUCCGAGCACUCUGCUCACGUGAACGAACUUAGAGCCGCUUAUCAACGAUCGAUGAGCGCGGAAUUGGACACAGACGCGGAAACACGGAAGAGGUACAAGGAAGAGAUCAAGCAGCUGCGAGCGUUGUGCGAGAAGGGUCUGCUCGCCAUGGAGAACUCUCACAGACGCACCAUUUCCGAAAUGGAGGAGAAACACCGUCAGGAAUUGGAGAAUUUGAGGGUGGAAAAGGAACAGGCGCUAUCGGAAGAGACUCAAGCCACCUUGGCGGCUCUGGACGCUAUGAGAAAGGCUCACGAGCACGAGGUACAGAAGGAAAUAGCUAAAUUUAAGCAAGAAUUCGUUAAACAAAUGCAGGCACGCGAGGACAUUGGCGUGCUUCACAAAGAACACGAGGAAGAGAUGGAGGAGAUCAAGCAGGAAAUCCUUUCGUUAUCCGCAAAGUACUCCUCGAAGUGCGUAGAGUCUGCGGCUUUGGAGGAGAAGGUAGGAUCCCUCACCAAGCAGCUUGCACAAGCGCAACAACACAUUAUGCAACUGGACGUGAGGAAUAAACAAUUGAGGGAGCAUUUGGUGUUGGAAACGAACGACAGCACGAUAAACGACACCAUGCACAUGUUGAGGGGCAGAGACAACGAGAUUGCCGAGCCGAGGGAGGAUAUUCAUCGACUGCAACAGUUGAAGCAUGGGGAGGCCCCUCGUGAUACGUCCGGUGUGCCAUCGAAAUCUCCGUCGCUAAGCUACUCGCCGCAGCGUGCCCGGAGUAGUCACGAGCCGCUGCUGAGAGCGGCGAGCAGCGAGGAGCAGAGAACGACCGGCGAACGGCCGAGAAGCUCGCUGUCCACGUUGCAAAAGAGCACGCCGGACAAGCAGGCCGCGUUCUCGUACAAGCUUGAACGCGUUAAGUCGGUGUCGUUGCCUUACUCGAGUAACUUGGUUAGGCCGGGCAGUAGUUCUGGCGUGCCGUCGCACGACAGGAAAGAGGUGAGCUUAGGGCAAAAGAGCCAGGAGCGUAACGGCCUGGCAUCGCCGCUGUGGGACAGCCUGAGACCGAGGAGCGGACUGCCCCAUCAGUAUCAAGGUGGCACAGCAGAGGUGCGAGUCGACGGCGCCGGCGGCGGCUGGCAGAGCAGCAACAAAACCGAAAAACAGCAACACUCGGAGGCAUACGGCUUCCGUGCCGACAAUCCUCGCGCGUCCCGCCUCACCCCGGAACCCCCAGCUCUCUCCGUUGCAGAGCUGAUGAGGUCUCCAGCAGUGAGGUGGUCCAGCAGAAGUUGUCGCAGCUUGCCUCCAACGCCCACGCCGAGUUAUCAUCACCCGCUCCACCCCCCACUGCCAGCGGUGGGCAUGGUCGCCGAGAGGAAGAAACGUUUCGAGCUCUGAAUUGCUAAUCACGGGUAUACCAUCGAGUCAUCCGGGGACGAUUCAGCGUAGCGAUCAUCAAGCACGACACACGCCAUCCACGAUAACUCGCUGAAUAUCACGCAAAUUAAUUCGCACGUACGAUUGUCUUCGAAUGGUGCUACACACAUACACUGGUUGCUCGUUCUUAAGUCUUCCUCGAGAGAAGACACAUAGAUUUCGACUUAUACAUUGUCACCCGUGAACGAAUAGCAUUUUUCUUGCAUUUUAUUCAUUUUCUUUGAUAUUCCGAAUCAUUUGUUAAUUAUUUCCGGUUUGUUCUCUGUUUUUUUUUUUUUUUUAUGUUUCUCGUUGACAGUUUAUACAGGCAUCUCGUCACUGCCAUAGCAAAUAGAGCUUCGACGGUAGAAUGGAGCAAUGUUCGUGUCAAUUAAUACGAUCGCCCGGGAUCGUGCUCGUCGUAACGUAACGAUAUUGAGCAUGUUUAUCAAGUAAACAUGAUUCAAUAGCCGAAACGAGGCUCUGGUCCCGCGCGAGGCUCGCGAGUUCUGCUUUUACGGUUGGACGCCUAUCAGCGCGUGAUAGGUCGUUUUCGAAGGGACUGUCUUUCUUUUUCGAUCACACCGAUCGAAUUUUUACUGGGUACCAUUUACACAGGCCGCCUCUUUCGACAGGGGCGGUCGUUUGAUACGCAUUUAGGCUUUCGAUACGUGAACUUUUUCCCGUAGGACCGAGUAGUAGUCGUUUCGAUCGACUUUCGCGAACGACGUGCGUUUCUGGGGCAUUAUUUCAGCUAUCUGCCGUUUCUCGUCGCUUUGUCGAUAAUUAUAAUUAUAAUUGCCACUGCGGCGCAAUCGAGGUAUCUGUAAUUAUCAACGUAAUUUGCCUCUCCUGUUCCCAUUUAUAUACGAAUCCGUUUCAUAUUCACCGACCGAGUAUAUCGAUACUAAUGGGCUUGAAAUUGAUAUUGAAACUUUUUGUUGAUGACGGGAAACGGCAUAGAAAGCGGCAGAUGCGAGAAAAAGUACAGUAGAAUGUCGAUUAUUCGCAGGUAUUGUCGGUAAUUAAAUUGACAGGAUAUUAUUCGUUUCGGGCGCUCGAAUACAGGAAUCUCUGAAUACGUUUGUAUUAGCUAGACCGGAAAUCCGGAUAAUUAACAGUCUACCGUACUCUUGAGUCAUGUAUACAGUCGUCGUGGUAGUUAACGCAAUGUAACGCAUAGGUGUAUCGGUGUGAAAGUGUAUUGACAAAUAAUUCGUCAAGGUCGUUGCGUUUACGUUUUAAUAAAAAGAGAAGAAAGGAAAAAGGAAUGAUUUCGUACAAUCAUGGGAUUCGUUGUUCGCCAUCUUGUGACUUUACGAGGGGGCUAAUUUUAAUCGACGAUCGGCUCAAAGUUCGUUUUCUAGGGAGGCUUCGAUUACUUUUUUUUUUUUUUCCAUUUGUUGACACGUUGUUCGUGGCUAUUAUUAUUAUUAUUAUUUUUUAUUUGUUUUGUAAAGACGAUUAGCGUGUUAAAGCGAUAAAAAAGAAAAAAAUAAACGACGAGGUUUCGUCGCGGCAAGAGAAGACAAGGGACGCAAGAUAUAUUCUUUUAUUUCUCUCUUAUUUUCUUCACGGUUCCCCUUCUCUUUCUUUUCUCUUCGCACUGUUUCUCGUUAAUUCUUCGUGAUCGAAAAUAUUUGUACGCUUGUUUCGCUCUUGUUAUGUAUAGAUUCUGCACAUAAUUGAAUAUAAUACGGCGUUGUCACGUUGCACUGUGUAUUACCGCAUUCUCUCAUUGUGUAAAUGUUUUUGUCGGAUCGCGAUAUUAUCAUUUUUUUGAUGUUAAUACUGUAUAGUUUAUGACGUUUUCAAUUUAAGGAGCAAGAAAGUAUAAAUAGCCUAGAAUU